UACCAAAUAACGGGAUCAAGGCAGGGCUGGAAUAAUGAUGCUGCAAGCCGUCCAUGGGUAGCACCGUAGCACCAAUGACGCGAGCCACUCUGCCAAAGGUACUCGAUGCUACAAAUACCUCGAUGCCUGGUCCAGCUCCAGGGUUCAAGCUGUCCCUAAGCUCGCCUCAAGCUCCUUGCUUCUCCAAACACCCUACAAGUAAUUUGUAGCUUGAGCUCAAGAAAAAGCUUCCAUUGGCACUGUAAAAGUCCGUUGAAGCUUCAAUCGUUCAAUAUGCGCUUUAGCUUGACCUUUGCGACGGCAUUGGCCGCCUCUGGCGCCCUUGCGAUCACCCCAGAGCAGCUGAUCGGUGCCCCAAGGCGUGGUGCAGCAGUGCCCAGCCCCAAUGGCAAGGUUGCUCUCUUCGACGAGUCCCAGUACUCUUUCGAAGAGGAAGGCAGGACUGUCGCCUGGAAGCUCCUCAACUUGGAGACUGGAGAGAUCAAAGAGUCCGGUUUCAACACAAGCGAGAUCAACGAGAUCGUUUGGAUUCCUGGCUCAGAGACUGGAAUCGUUUACAUCAACGGAACCAACGAGAACAUUCCUGGAGGUGUGAGCAUCUGGGUCGGAGACAUCAACGAUCCCUCAGGCAGCGAACUCGUUGCUGAGCUGAACGCACCUUUCUCCGGUUUGAAGGUUGCAAACAGCACUUCCGGCGACUUGAAGUUCCUCGUCAACGCCCUCGCCUACCCCAAUGGCACCGCCUUCAACCCAGAGUUUGCAGCAACCCCCAAGCACACUGGACGUCUCUACGAGAACAUCUACCCCAGGCACUGGGACCACUGGUUGACCAAGGAGCGAUACGCCGUUUUCGCUGGUACCCUCCAGUCCAAGUCCAAGUAUAGCUUGGCCGACAACAGCCUCCGCAACAUCCUUCAGGGCAUUGAGUACACUGCUACCAGGCCCGAGACCCCCAUCCAGCCCUUCGGUGGCAGCGGCGAUUAUGAUAUCUCUCCCGACGGUGAGACCUACGCCUUCAUCACCAAGGCACCUCACCUGAACAAGGCCAACUACACCGCCAGCUACGUCUACGUCGGCCCUAUUGACGGUUCUGCCAACGCUACCGCCUUCAACGGCCCCGACUCCGAGGCCUCCAAGGCUGGCCACAAGGGUGCUUCUGGCUCCCCAACCUUUUCCCCUGAUAGCAAGAAGCUCGCCUACGUCCAGCAAGACGAGGACUACUACGAGUCCGACCGUUGGCAGUUGUACGUUGUCGACGUCAAGAACGACGGCGGCAAGGUCUCCGUCAGCAACCUCAAGGAGGCCUCCAAGUCCUGGGACAGGUCCGUGUCUGCCAUCAAGUGGGCUCCCGACAGCAAGUCCAUCUUCGUCGACGGCGAGGACUACGGCCGCGUUCGUGCUUUCAACUUCCCUCUCUCUGAGAAGGAGGACUUCCAGCCCAAGAACUUGACCGGCACCACCUCCAUCACCGACUUCUUCGUCCUUCCCGACUCCUCCCUCCUCGUUUCCGCCUCCGCUGCUUGGACCUCAAGGGACUUCUACACUCUUUCCCCCAAGGGCGAGCAGAAGGUCCUUUUCUCCGCCACUGAGAAGGAUGAGGAGCUCUCUGGUCUCGGUCCUCACACCUACUCCGAGUUCUUCUACAAGGGCGCUGCCGGCGUCGAGCUCCACGCGCUUGUCGUCAAGCCUUCCAACUUCAAGGAGGGCGAGAAGUACCCUCUUGCCUACGUUAUCCACGGUGGACCUCAAGGUGCCAACAACAACGCCUGGAGCACCCGCUGGAACUACCAGGUCUGGGCUGACCAGGGCUACGUUGUCGUUGCCCCCAACCCAACUGGAUCCACUGGAUUCGGACAGAAGUUGACCGACGACAUUCAGGGCGAGUGGGGAUCCCUCCCCUACGAGGACGUUGUCUUCGGCUGGCAAUACAUCAAGAAGAACCUCGACUUUGUCGACACCGAGAACGGCAUCUGCGCUGGUGCCAGUUACGGAGGUUUCAUGACCAACUGGAUCCAGAGCCACGAGCUCGGCCGCGAGUUCAAGGCUCUCGUCACCCACGACGGUAUCUCCCAGACUCUCGGCGCCUACGCGUCCGAGGAGCUCUGGUUCAUCCGCCACGACUUCAACGGCACCAUCUACGACGAGGGCUCCACCUACAAGAAGUUCAACCCCUUCGACCACAUUGCCAACUGGAGCACCCCGCAGUUCGUCAUCCACAACACCCUCGACUACCGUCUCCCCGAGUCCGACGGCCUCGCCCUCUUCAACGUUCUCCAGUCCAAGGGCGUCCCAUCGCGCUUCUUGAACUUCCCCGACGAGAACCACUGGGUCUUGAACCCCCAGAACUCGCUCUUCUGGCACCAGGAGAUCUUCAACUGGAUCAACCACUACUCCAAGGGCGAGCCUCUCGACACCGUCCCGAUCGGCGAGUAGACAGGGCAAGGAUGUGCGAUGUGGGGCGAGGGUUCGACAGGGAAGAUUCCGUACGGCAUCCCAGUCUGUCGCUCCAGGCCCUACGGUCGAUAUCAUGUCAUGGAGAGCUUGAGAGUCUAGAAACAUUAGUUUACAACACCCCAUACCUUAAUGAUUAAUGCAAAAAG